AGUAACAUUAUAUUGAGUCCGACGGAAGUUAAACAUUAUAGACAAACGAGGAGCGGAGGUCAGUGUUGUUGUUUAGCUAAUUUUUGACGCCGCCUUCUGUUAAGUUUUUUUCUGUUAUACAAUGGAAAUGUCUUCAGUUCAUUGUUUGAAAAAGUUCGUCAACGAGCGACUGACUGCUGCUGCUGAAGAAAUAUUUGGAGUCUUUGAAAAAACUUUAUCAGUAUACGAGGAUGAGAUCAUUCGUCAGGGCAGACUGUUGGAUAUCGUCCUGAAGCCCGAGAUAGAACUACAAAAGAUCGGUCUCCCACAGCCGUCAAUCUGUAAGGAGGGGGUUCUUCUUGACCUACAACAGUAUGACCAGGAGAGGAGCACCAGUCUGGACCAAGAGGACCCAGAGCCUCCACAGAUUAAAGAGGAACAGGAGGAACUCUGCACCCGUCAGGAGGAAGGCCAGUUUGCACUUCAGCAGGAGACUGAUGCCUUGAAGUUCAGUCCUACUUAUGACAGAAGUGACCAAAGUGAAGAUCAGCCUCUAUUUUUGGAUACUGAUCAAACUCCGAGUGCAGCAGAGAAAGAACCUCAGUCCAACAUUUCAGAUGAAUGGAUGCAAUCUGAUUUUGACACAAAACACUGUGUAGUCACAGAACCAAACAGUGACCACGGCCAGCAUGUUAGAACGGGCACGAAGCAGUACAUGUGCACCAUUUGUGGGAAAGGUUUCAAAAUUAGUGCAGACUUGAAAUUGCACGUGAAAAUUCACACAGGUGAGAAGCCUUACCGUUGCACGUACUGUGAGAAGGAGUUUGCUUUCAGCUCAUCUGUUUCGAGGCAUCUCCGAGUGCACACAGGGGAGAAGCCUUAUGAAUGUCGUGUGUGUGGGAAAAGAUUUAAUGUCAGCACAACGUUGAAAGUCCACUACAGAAUCCACACGGGUGAAAAGCCGUAUAAAUGCAAGACUUGUGAAAGAGCUUUCACCACCUGUUCAAACCUGAAGAAGCACAUGGCCCUACAUACUAAAGUCGGAAAUAGUCGACAUGUUAAGACUGUCACUAAUUCGCUCAAAAUGUCUUCGGUCCAUUAUUUCAGAAAGUUUGUCAACGAGCGACUAACUGCUGCUACGGAAGAAAUAUUAGGAGUCUUUGAAAAAACUAUCGUAGUAUACGAGGAAGAAAUCAAUCGUCAGCGCAAGUUGCUAGAUAUCGUUUUAAAGCCAGAGCUAAAACUACACAGGGCAGAGCUCCCACAGCAACAUGUCUGUACGGAGGAGGAGGUUCUGGCUGUCCAGCAGCUCCGUAUUCAGGAGAGGAACUCCAGUCUGGACCAUGAGGACCCAGAGCCUCCACAGAUUAAAGAGGAACAGGAGGAACUCUGCACCAGUCAGGAGGGAGAGCAGCUUGUACUGAAGCAGGAGACUGAUUUGUUUAAGUUAAGGCCUACUUGUGAGGGAAGUGAUCACAGUGAAGAUCAGACUCUUUGCUCUCUGCUUUUGGAUCCACUGCCGCUGACCAACAUCUCAGUUAUAGUAAUUAAAUCUGAAUCUGACAGAGAGGGCUUGGGUGUAUCAGGACCAAACAGUGACAACCACCUUUCUCAUACUGAUCAGAAAGCAGAGAACAAACAAUUUAAAUGUCCCUUUUGCACUGAGGAGUUUCAUGAUUUUUAUAAGUUAAAAAUUCACAUAAGGACCCACACUGGUGAAAAGCGUUUCAAAUGUGACACUUGUGGGAAAGGGUUCACCCAGAAGGCUCUGCUGAGGAAACACAUGAUGACUCACACAGGGGUAAAGCCCUUCAGAUGUAGAGUUUGUGGAAAGGAAUUCAACUGUCAGUCAAACUGUGUCAACCAUAUGAAAACUCACACAGGUGAGAAGCCACACACUUGCAUCACCUGCGGGAAAAGUUUCAGCCGCGGCGCAGACCUGAGGAGGCACAACCGAACUCACACAGGGGAGAAACCGUACAGCUGCGUUCACUGCGGGAAAGAGUUUUCUUACCACUCAUCUCUCACCAGUCACGUCCGAGUGCAUACAGGGGAGAAACCUUAUAACUGUAUUUGGUGUGGGAAAAGGUUUGCUGUCAGCACAACGUUGAAAAUACACACCAGAGUCCAUACGGGGGAAAAGCCGUAUAAAUGCAACAUUUGUGGGAGGAAUUUUGCGCAUAACACAGGACUGAGAUUACACAGGAGGAUCCAUGCACCGGAGAAACAACAGACCUGA